AUGCUUCCUACUACUUCACUUUUGCUUGCCGGUGCUGGCAUCGCCAAUGCAUACACCAUUGCCGUGGCCGAGCCCUUCAUGCGCAAAAACAUCGAUCCCGUCGUCAUCCCGGGCCAGUACAAGAGCCACAUGCACACCUUCUUUGGUUCCGACGCCGUCACCCUAAACACGAACACCUCUGCCGAGCUCCAAGCAGGUUGCUCAACUGCCGAGAACCCCAAUGACUACUCUUCCUACUGGGUCCCAACUCUGUACGUCAAGAAUGACACCGGCAUGACCCCAGUCCCCUUCUCUCGCUUCAGCGCCUACUACGUCGCCAUCGAAAGCGCUGAGGUCGCCAUCCCCCAAAACUACAAAACCGUUGCCGGAAACUCCAAAGGAACCACACAAGCCGACGUCGAGGACCUCGCCGGCAUCCAAUGGUUCUGUGAGAGCGAUCCCACCGAAGAGGGCAAAGAGGUCGCGGCGUGGCCCACAAAGACGUGCUCCACGCACCUACAGACUCUCCUCCUCUUCCACGACUGCGUCAACGAGCAGACUCUCGAGUCGGCCUACUCGGGCACCCAGAACUGGAAGGACGGCUUCAAGCCCGCCAACCGGUGCCCGGAAGGCAUGAAGCGCCAGCCGCAGCUUCGGUUCUCGAUCCGCUACGAUCUGCGCAAGGUGCUUCCAGACGGAUGGAACGGCACGCCGCCUUUCGAGCUUGCGUGCGGUAACUCGUUCUGCUCGCACGGCGACUUUAUCAACGGGUGGUUGCCCGAGGCUGCUACCAAUAUGCUCAAGGCGAACAGCAAGAGAGACUUUGCGGGUGUCGAUGGGCCUGAUGGAAAGUACAAUGCUGGUUCCAAGUGCGGCGCCGAGAACGCGAGGGACGCCGAUCCCAACAAUGGCACAUCCGAUUACGAUGAGAGUGUCAAGAUGAUGAGCGCCAAGGGCAGCAUUGGUCAGCGCUCGCAGUCUCGUCGCGCCUAA